AUGAAUACCAUUGAAGAAAUUGACAUAGAUUACUUGAUUACAUUGAUACAGGAAAGGGAAAUUAUAUGGGACAAGUCAAACGUAGAUUUUAAAAAUAAAAAUUUAAAAACAAAAGCCUGGGAAGACAUAUCAAAAGUUUUAUUUCCUGAUUACGAGAAUUUCACAGCUGAACGAAAAAAUAAAGUUGGUAAUGAUUUAAUAAAAAAAUGGAGAAGUGUAAAAGAUAAUUACUUCAGAUAUUCAAAAAAAUUAAAAGAAGCAUCAAAAUCGGGCUCGGGCGCUACGAAACUGAAGAAGUAUCAUUUAUACAAUCAACUCCUUUUUUUGAGAAAAGUGGAACAAAAUGCCACCGAAUCUAGCUUAGACUCGCCUAGAGAAAUCAACAAUGAAUCUACGUCUACAAAUGAUGACAUUACCACAGACAACACUCCGCGCUAUGUUCCAGUCGCGCGCAAAAGGGCAAUGCAAAUGGAUGAGUUUGAAAGAGAAGGACUAAAACUUCUCAAGGAGCCGGAAAAUCGCCAUAUGUCCUUUUUCAGAGCUAUAUUGCCAUCUAUUCAAGAAUUUUCCGACCGAGAAACUCUCCGUUUCCAAAGUAAAGUUAUACAAAUUAUAGAUGAAAUGCGGUAUGGACAAACAUCAUCAUAUGUGAGUGGCCCAUCAACGUCUCACCAACCACCAUAUGGGUAUCAAACAGCAAAUUUUCAAAGUACAUACAUUUCUGAUUUUAAUAAUUCAAUUACAUCUCCAGAAACAUCUCAAGCAAGUGAAGAAACUGAAUACGAUUUUUCUAAUUUGUAAUUACUGGAUGAUAUCUCUCUUAAAUAAUGUCUAAAUUUAAAAUUAUGACAAUUGCUGAUUAUUUGUGAGUUGAUUACUCUCUUAAAUAAUGUCUAAAUUUAAAAUUAUGACAAUUGCUGAUUAUUUGUGAGUUGAUUACUAAUUAAACAAACCAAAAAAACUGUUAUAUUUUUAUUACUUAAAUAUAUUUAUAUAGUUACCUUAAA